AGAAAGGGAGAGAGAGAGAACCGCGCACGAGCUCGUCAACAGCAUCACCAGAGCAGAGCAGCCCCUCAGCCCCGAGCGGGAUGAGAGGCGGAGGCGCGAGACGCGAGACUGAACAGCGAGGAGACGCCUUGGCCAAACCAAGAGGGCGCAAAAGCGCGCAGCGAGCACGCGCGUCCAGAGACAGGGGCGAGAGCGCGAGACUGAGGAAAGUGGAGGAAAAGGGUUCGCCGUGAGUGCGCGCACAGAGAAGCCCGAGAGGAGAUGGAGGCCAGCGGCGGCGGAGUGGUCCCCACGGUGCGCGAGGCCAUGCGGGACCCGAAACGACAGCGGACGGUGAUCCUGGUGAUCGUGUGCGUGGCGCUGCUGCUGGACAACAUGCUGUACAUGGUGAUCGUGCCUAUCAUCCCGGACUACCUGGCUGGGCUGGAGAGCGAGGCUGAGGCCGAGGCUAAGCUUGAGGCGCAGGCGCACCCGCGCGUAAACGGCACCGGCAGCGCGUCCCCGGUGUCCAAAACCAACCUGGACGUGAAGAUCGGAGUGCUGUUCGCCUCCAAGGCCAUCCUGCAGCUCGCGGUCAACCCGCUCUCCGGACCCUUCAUCGACCGCGUGGGUUACGACCUGCCCUUGCUCAUCGGCCUUAUGGUGAUGUUCAUGUCCACGUGCGUCUUCGCGUUCGCCGAGACCUACGCCACGCUGUUCGCCGCGCGCAGCCUGCAGGGCCUGGGUUCGGCAUUUGCGGACACCUCCGGCAUCGCCAUGAUCGCUGACCGCUACGGGGACGAGGAGACGGAGCGCAGCCGCGCGCUCGGCCUCGCGCUGGCCUUCAUCUCCUUUGGCAGCCUGGUGGCUCCGCCCUUCGGCGGGAUUCUCUACGAGCUGGCCGGUAAGCGCGUGCCAUUCCUGGUGCUCGCGUGCGUGUGUCUCGCGGACGGCUGCCUGCUGCUGGCCGUGGUCAAGCCGUUCUCUAACCAAGGCGCGCGCCAGAACCAGCCGGCCGGCGUACCCCUGCACCGGUUAAUCAUGGACCCCUACAUCGCCGUGGUGGCGGGCGCGCUCACCGUCUGCAACAUCCCGCUUGCCUUCCUCGAGCCCACCAUCGCUGGCUGGAUGGAGAACACCAUGCACGCCACCAAGUGGCAGAUUGGCCUGGCGUGGCUGCCCUCCUUCUUCCCGCACGUGCUGGGCGUCUACUUGACCGUCAAGCUGGCGGAGCGCUACCCGAGCAUGCAGUGGUUCUACGGAGCCGUGGGCAUGUUGAUCAUCGGGGCCAGCUCGUGCGUCGUGCCCGCUUGCAAGAGCUUCUCGCAGCUCAUGCUCCCGCUGUGCGGCAUCUGCUUCGGCAUCGCGCUAGUGGACACGGCCCUAUUGCCCACCAUGGCCUUCCUGGUGGACGUGCGCUACGCCUCCGUGUACGGGAGCGUGUACGCCAUCGCGGACAUCUCCUACUCGGUGGCCUACGCGCUCGGGCCCGUGGCGGCCGGACACAUCGUGCACACCAUGGGCUUCGCACAACUCAACCUGGGCAUGGGCCUCGCCAACGUGCUAUAUGCGCCCGCGCUGCUCGCCUUGCGCCACGUGUGCCAGAUCAAGCCAUCGCGCUCCGAGAGGCGCAUCCUGCUGGACGACGAGGAGGAAGAGGAGGGAGGUGGAGGACCGGGGCUCUAUGAUGCCAUUAGGAUGGAGGAGCGCAAGGCUAAGAGGAAAGGGCUGGAUGCCAACAACUGCGCGCGGAACGAGUACAACACCAGCACCCCCAACAGCACCAACAACAUCACUGCCAACAGCACCAACACAAACCCCCCUCACAGUAUAGCCAGACCCCGCAGAGCCAGGCCCAAACCCCCCGGCUCUGCUCAGAUCACCACCACCCCGCUGGUUGUAGAGGGGAGCGGGCUAGACGUGGACACAGCCGAAUCCAGCGCUUCCUCCCCGGGGGACUCACCCGGACCUGAGCGCGUCUAGUGGACGGAUCCCCCUAACAUCAAUACUACCGUCCACGAUCUGCCACGCAAUCUGAACGUCCACUCAUUAGUGUGUGUGUGUGUGUGUGUGUGUGUGUGUGUGUGUGUGUGUGUGUGUGUUUGAGACAGUGGGACAUCAGGUAACAGAACUCAAAUUUCUUUAGACAUUACGCACAAACGAUUCUACAGGUGCUAAAAAGGUUCCUUGACUAGUAACAGAACCAGUAGCUUUUCUGAUGGUUACUAAAAAAAGGAGGCAAAGUUGGUUACAAGUUACAAAACAUUCCAUUUCUAAUAUAAGCACCAUAUGUAUAGAUUAAGGACGAUAAAGAACCAUAUAAAUAUUGUAGAAGAUUAAGCAAAAAAGUUUAAUGAAUAAAUAAGUAACCUGUUCUAUAUACAAUCGCGAGAACCCACUUAAAUUACCUCUUUUUAGAAUUAGAUUUUUAGAAUGUAUGACCCAAAACAUGCCGGGUUCUAUAUACUGAUUAAGCUUUAAGUUUUUAUUUCAAACAAUAUAAUCUCAUUUUAUUUCAAACAAUAUAAUCAUAACAAUCGCGCACAUCAUAUAAAUUUAAUAAUUUACAAAUAUAUACAUGUGAUAAAGAAAAAUACCCACAUACAAGAAGUUUUUUUUUCACGAGAAAUAAACUAUAAGCAAAGAACGAUUUUAACUUUCAAGUAUACAUAAGCACCUUUACGAAAGAACCCUUAAUCAACCCCGUAAUUUAGGAGCCCCUUAGAUCGCACUAAACACUGAAAAACAUUUUAAAGCUACAUUUAGAACUAUUUAAAAGGGUUAUAUGCACAAGAGGUUAUUUGUUUCAGAAGAGAAAUAUUAAUCACUUUCAAUCAAUUUUCAAUCAAUCAUUUUUUUAUUUUAUAUAACAAACCAAAAUGCGAUGGGGAAUCGCUUUGUUUUGUUUUGUUGUUGGUGUAUUUUUUUUAUUAAUUAAAGGAUCCCAAUCUAAUAAACAAAUAAACCCGUAUAACCCAAAAAAGAGGUAAUCUACAGCUCUGCGAGUCCUAACAAACCAUUUUGUUGUAUUGAUAAAAAUGAUGCUAAAGCCUUUGCUAAAGAACCAUAACAACCCUUAAUGUUCCCUGAUGUUCCACUGAGAGCUGAGAUGUGUUCAUCAGCAGAACAGUAGGAUCGCCUCAGAACUGAAGAUCCUGGACUUUGGGAGUUUGAUCACCUGUGAAUCUGCCGAGCCUCGUGAGGCUACCUUCCGCCAGGUGUGAAGAGAACCUUAGCGCGCGCAUUCGUGAUGUUUCACAGCUACUUCCUGUAAAAUCUGCAGAAGUAAAUAAUGUCUAUAUUUCCAUAUAAACAGAUGUAAUUUUUUUAUUUUGAUGAGAGUAAUUUUAUUUACUGUUGUAAUUAAAUGUAAUUGAGUAUUCAGAUGUAAACACGUGACCUUUUAAAUACGGGGCUGUAAGAUUACUGUGUAUAUAUUAUGUAGCGAUUUGUAAAUUAACGUGAAUCUGUGUAUUCGACUGUGUUCGUGUGUGUGAGAGAGUGUGUGUGUGUGUGUGUGUGUGUGAGAGAGAGAGAGAGAAAGAGAGACAGAGGAGAGUUGGAUGGUAAAGAGAGAGAGAGAGAGAGCGAAAGAGAGAGAGAAAUGUGAGAAAAGAGCUGUUCACAAGCUUAUGCGGUUAAUUUUGAUAAUAAAAAUCAACUAAAAAGAA